UAAUCGUUGCUACGAUCUACUAUCAUUGGGUUAUCCAACUAAUUAAAUCUACUUAUUCAUGCUUAUCAUACUUAUUCUUGCUCCUUCUACAUAAACACUACACUCAAACUUCUCACCAACCUUAACAGGACACAUGAUCAUAACACAAGACACAAUCACAUUUUGAUGUACCCCGUGUCCACAUCACACUGUGUAACAACUCUAUUCACGUAAAGAGCCCCAAAAUUUGGAAAUCAUUAGCAGUAAAUACUAAAGUAACUCGGUCUGAACAUCAGUUUAAGAUUUCUCAAAAAACAUCUACUUACCCUAAUCUAAAUACUCAAUACUUAAAUUUGCCAAAAAGAUCUCCCAAUUACCUAAAUGUUAACACUUCAAAAUUUAGUUUAAUAUAGGCAAAUGCAAACUUCUAAAUGUUGGACAGGACAAUAACCAUGCUACAUAUAAACUAAAUUAUGGAUAGUGAGGGAAGGUAGAUGCUAAGGGAGGAAAUAAUGAAGGAGUAAUAAUAAUGGUAGAUAGUAUGGGAGUGGUGAUGGAGGCAUCAUCACUCACUAUCUGAUAACCAGGCACACAAUAAACUUCUAAUAAUGUAAUUUUGACAAAUUGUCAUGUUAGUGUCAUGAGUGACAGCUGGUCAUGGCACCAUGUAAAACAGAAUAUUUAACAGGAGCUCAAAACUCAUAUGAAAUGUCAUUGUUUGGAUUGAUGAAUGGCUCACUGAACACAAAAUUAUAUUAUGGCUUCAUCAUUUCAUUAAUUUCCUUGUUGUCAGUGUAAAUUUCAUCUCCCUUAAGCAAGGAGCCCAGUUUUCAGGGACGGUACAGGAUUUUACAAUGACUAAAAGGGAUGAUCCUGCUUUGUGCUGCUGUGAAUACAUAAAUGAAGAUGGAGAACUUGCACACCUGCUUACUACACUCUGUAAUUGUGAAGCCAUUGAUGAGGCAUUUGAAAGAUUAUUUACACGAAAAGCCCUUGAAAAGAGACAUGUCGUGAAGAUCAUGGACACUGUUUCAGAUCGCCUAAGAAUUCCAUGGUGUGGAGGAGCCAAGAGGGUGUCAUUGGAUGUGGCUAGUGCUGUUCUGUGUGUAGCUCUCACCAUUUUCUUGGGUUGCUUCACAUGGACUAUUACCAUUAUUACAUAUAUUGUUGCCCUUCCUGCUAUCUUGUUUUCUAUACACCGGUUCAUAAGAAAAAAGGUUGCUCCUGAUAACACCUCAACUUAUGGCAGAAAAAAAAUGAAAGAUGUCUUGAAAUAUUCAAAAUCAAAAUUCUAUUUUGCAUGGUUGACAGUUACUAUAUCCUUUCUUCUUGUAAUUUAUUAUACACAAGUUAUAUUGUAUCUCAAGAUUAGUCCAUAUGAGAACUUUAUAUUUGCUACCUUCGUCUGCAUCUCUGGUACUAGUUUUUAUCUUGUUCGUGCUACCUCUUGUCCUGGAUUUGAAACUCCAAAUAAAACUGAGGAUGAGAAUUAUGAAGAGGUAAUAGAAUCUGGGGCCUGGAAGUUGUGUGCAGAGUGUGAGAUGCAGGUGCCCAGACAAGCCUCCCACUGCCGCACAUGUGACACUUGCUAUCUGCUGCGGGACCAUCAUUGUCUUUGGCUGGAUACAUGUGUUAGCCACAUAAAUGAUCGCUGGUUUGUAACUGGGCUGACAUUUGGUUUGUUUGCCCUGUGCUAUGGUGUCCACCUGAGUCUUACUACAGUUUGCCAUCCACGACUUGUUGAUCUCUACUUCAUCACAGUUCUCGUCCCUCACAAUUGUCCUGAUGCAUUUAUGAAUUUUCAAUCAAGUUUGUCAAUCUCGGCAGCCUGCUAUGGUAUACUUAUCGCAAUAUUUGUAGCAGUGGCUUUGAUUCAACAACUAGUAUGUGUAAUGAGUGGGGUAAGAUUGAGUGAGUUCAGGAAAAGAAGACAGCUUCCCAACCAGCCUGGGACUUUCUCUGUAAAAAAUGGUUUAAGAAACUGCCUGAACUUUUGGUGGAGACAGUGAUGGUAUCAAUAUUAGUUGAAUAUGUGUACUAUGACAUUAAUGUAUUUCAGACUGUUAUUUGAGUAAUUAUUAUUAUUUUUAAAGGAUUUUACUAUUUAACAUGUGUGCCUAGUAUAUUAAAUACUGCCUUAAUUGGAAUUAAUAUCUUAAUUAUUUAGAUGAAUUAGUUAUAAACUAUAAUGUUGCUUCUCAUAUUUUGAUCACACACUACCUAGCUUGUUUUAACUGGAACUUUUGACAAGUUUUACUAGUAUUAUAAAAUUAUGCCUAAUAUUUAAUUGCCAGAUAUAUUGUAUUUUUUGUAACUUUAUAAUACUUACACUUUACACAAAUAACCCGCACAUAGAAGAGAGAAGCUUACGACGACGUUUCAGUCCGACUUGGACCAUUUACAAAGUCGGGUUAUUCGUGUAUCGUUCCAGUCAUGGUAUUGUGCCUUUUUUUUGCUAUUUAUACUUACACUUUGAAAGACAGGCAAAGAUGAUGCAUUUUUGUAGCUAUUUUGAUGUUUGUGCACCUUUUGCUAAGAUACCUAAGAGAAAGUAUUGGUGGUAGUAAGAAACAGAUGAUGAAUUUACAAGAUAUUUAACCCCUUCAUUGUCCAGACCCCCCAAUCUGAAACUUGUCCACAGUUUUCAAGAAUUUAAAAAAAAAAAUGUUAUUUUUCCCUUAAGAAAUGGUAGAGAAUCUUUUCCUGAAGGUAAUAAAACAAGAGGUAUAAAAUUUGAUGGAAAAUUGACGACACUACACUUUCGCAAAUAUUGCUGUGUCAGCGAUAUUUACGCAUUUGUGAUUUUGCCCACUUUGAGUCCUAUUUUAGGCCAAUUCCAUUGUUCCAGUAGACCAGAUUCUUAGCUAUUUUGCUAACAUGUCUUUCAUUUUAUCAAUUGAGCACAAAAAACCCAAUCAACUAUUUCAACCACCCAAUAAAGUGAUCAGAAAUUGGUAGUUUGGCCAAUUUCACACAAAUUUCAAAAUAUUCCAGUUUUAAAAUAGGGUCCAGAAUAAACAAUACAGGCAUUCCUGGCACUAAAAUACCAUUUCGUCUGUUCAUUAGUUAUGUUCCCAGGCUUUACAUAUAAAUUCCAUUUAAACUUUAAUCACACUUAAAAAGUUUUUAUUCACAAAAAAAAGAAAAAUAGAAGAUUUACUGUUAUGUAGUACAGUGGAACCUCGGCUUACGAAUGCCCCACCAUGCAAAUUUUUCAGGAUACGAACAGUCACUCAAUCGAUUUUUUGCUUCUGGAUACGAACGAAAUUUCAGGAUGCGAACUUCCCCCUCAAGGGAGGUUCCUUGGUGAGGGGCUCUUGAUCAAGGGAAGUGCAUCUGUGCUCCACUUCCCUAAAUUAACAAUAAUAAUAAUAAUAAUAGGGAUCUGUAACAAGUGGCGUUC